CUCUAUAUAUAUACCCCUUUCAAUUCCACAAACUCUUACUUCUUAAUUCCCCUCUUCAUUUAGUUUCUCCAUAUCGACUAAUUUAUCGAAGUUACAAACAUACAUUUUCCCUUUCUCUCUUCUUGAAAUGGCAUCCUUCGAAGUCUCCAAGGAGGCUAAAUUGAGGGGAGAAGAAGAGGGAUGCAAAUGCACCCGUGAUGGCAGUGUUGAUUUGCAUGGGCGGCCUGCAAUCCCAGAACGAAGCGGGAAAUGGUUUGCUGGAAUCAUCAUACUCUUAAAUCAAGGGCUGGCUACGCUUGCAUUCUUCGGGGUAGGAGUGAAUUUGGUCCUGUUCCUCACAAGGGUGAUGCACCAAGACAACGCAGAUGCUGCCAACAGUGUGAGCAAAUGGACUGGAACAGUCUAUAUAUUCUCUCUCGUUGGUGCUUUUCUCAGCGACUCCUAUUGGGGAAGAUACAAAACUUGCGCUAUCUUUCAGCUCAUUUUUGUAAUAGGUCUUGCAUUGUUAUCACUGGCGACACAGAUUUCGUUGCUGAAACCUGGAGGGUGCGGGCGCGGAACAAGCCCCUGCAAACCCCACUCGAGCUGGGAGAUGGGUCUCUUCUACAUCUCCAUCUACAUGGUUGCUCUGGGCAACGGAGGCUACCAGCCCAACAUCGCUACGUUUGGGGCUGACCAGUUCGACCAAGAGGAUCCCAAAGAGGGCCGCUCCAAAGUCUCCUUCUUCAGCUAUUUCUAUCUGGCAUUGAACCUCGGCUCACUCUUUUCCAAUACCAUAUUAGGGUAUUUUGAGGAUGAAGGGAUGUGGGCACUGGGGUUCUGGGCAUCCACUGCCUCUGCUUUUGCUGCUCUACUGCUCUUUCUUGGAGGUACCAAAAGAUACAGGCACUUCAGGCCUACUGGAAAUCCUCUUUCCCGCUUCGCCCAAGUGCUCGUCGCAGCACUCAACAAGUGGACCGAGAAGAUUCCGCCGGGUGAGCAUAAUUUGUAUGAAGCUGCGGAUGAUCGUGGAAGUGAUCAUACAGCAAAUGGUGGUGCUAGGAAGAUGCUUCAUACCCAGGGGUUCAACAAGAGAUUCUGAGCAGCUGAAGCAGAAGGCAUACAACCCUUGGCGCCUCUGUCCCAUCUCUCAAGUUGAAGAGGUCAAAUGCAUACUCAGACUACUCCCAAUCUGGCUCUGCACCAUAAUUUACUCCGUAGUCUUCACACAGAUGGCCUCACUCUUUGUAGAACAAGGCGAUGCAAUGAACACCAACAUCUCAAACUUCCGAAUCCCUCCAGCAAGCAUGUCUAGCUUCGACAUCCUCAGCGUUGCGUUUUUCAUAUUCCUGUACCGGAGAGUAGUCGACCCACUGGUCCGUAGGGUUAGGAAGAAGGGGAGCCUCACCGAGCUUCAGAGAAUGGGAAUCGGUCUGAUCAUAGCAGUCGCAGCAAUGCUCUCAGCUGGCAUCGUGGAGUGCUAUAGGCUAAAAUACGCUAAGAAAGAUUGCAGACACUGCCAGGGAUCCAGCUCAUUGAGCAUCUUCUGGCAAGUCCCUCAGUAUGCUCUCAUCGGUGCGUCUGAAGUGUUCAUGUACGUCGGCCAGUUGGAGUUCUUCAAUGCUGAGGCGCCCGAUGGACUUAAGAGCUUCGGAAGUGCACUUUGCAUGACCUCAAUAUCGCUAGGGAAUUACGUCAGUAGCUUCCUGGUGUCGAUCGUGAUGAAGAUAUCUACCGUAGAUAAUAUGCCGGGAUGGAUUCCGGGAAACCUUAAUAAGGGCCAUCUCGACAGGUUUUACUUUCUUUUAGCCGGUUUGACGGCCGUCGAUCUGGUCAUCUACAUUGCCUGCGCCAGGUGGUACACAAGUAUGAAGCUGGAAGGGAAUUAUGGAGAGAACAAUGAGGAAGAGGGAUCCGGAGUCUAGAUUUUUGGUGGGAAAUUCAUGUUGCAGCAUUCAUCAUAUGAAUAAAGAUGAUGAAUUUGAUUUGUGCUCUGAAAAUGUCAUGGAGCUUGUAGAGAAAGGGAAGCUCUCUUCAAAUCUUUUCAUCUAUUUUGUUGGCUCUACUUUGCUAAUAAACCAUCAGAUCCCAAUCAUGGCUUCAUACUUUUUGCAAAUGUGUGGGUUAUGUAAAAGCUUCAAGUUUCUUAUUAUGUUGAGCAAAAUUGCAUUUAAUUUUA